GAUUCUAUCUACUACCUUCUAGCAGCACAAUCAGCGAUCUGCCUAAGAAACUCACACCAACACAUUCUCCAGCCGUAAACUACGAAAACAUCCUAUAGCAAUGGCAAACACCAAGUUCCUCUUGACUGCUACUUUACUUCCAGCCUUGGUAUUCGGCGCAGUCGAAUACCAAAUUGCAACCAGAGGUUGCAAAGUAGUUCCGGAUGGCAUAGCUCGAUUCUGGGAAGCAGACGGCAACGAGUGUAUGUGGGGCGCGGAAUAUCUGACCACGCCAUAUACUAUAGGCACCGGUAGUCACACUACAACGUAUCAAAGCAUUUGCUGUGUCUGGGACAGAGGGGUAGGCGAGUGCUUCUGGAACCAGAAAAAGAACGGGGACAUUCACUCCAGAGGCGAUUGUGCUACGGAUGUUACGACUUGCGCAUCAAUCACUCGACAUCCUGGGAGCGACCAUGGUCUGAGUCCUCCUGCACAGGCGCAAGGGACUUGUUAGAGGAAGAAAUGGGGGGAGUGGGAGUCUAGGAGUUUCGGGAAUGCAUGAUUAUUGGAAUUUGUCGACUUGCUCUGCGCUAGAACUAUCGGAGGAGAGAAGUGUAGGAGCGGUAAGAAGCAGAGUAGAAAGAAGCAUAGGAUGAUUUUUUUUUUCUAGAACGUCGUGUAGUUAGUCCUAACUGAAAUUUUUGGUUGUCUUGAUUUUC